AUGUUCCGUGGGACCCACGUUUCACCUGCGGGCAAAGAAGAGGUUUUUGAUGUGGAGCUGUUCACAACCUCCUUUAUCGUGUUGAAGCCCUUCUCAGCAGAGUCUCAUGAUGAUUUACACUUUUCUAUCACAGGGCUGGGAGAAGGUUCUGCUCUUCUUCACCCGGACAGCAGGUCCCACCCUCGGUCCCUGGAGAAGAGUGCAUGGAGGGCUUUCAAGGAGUCACAGUGUCAUCAUAUGCUGAAACACCUUCACAACGGAGCACGGAUCACUGUGCAGAUGCCUCCCAAUAUUGAGGGACACUGGGUCUCUACUGGCUGCGAAGUUAGAGCAGGCCCAGAGUUCAUCACAAGAUCUUACAGAUUCUACCACAAUAACACAUUUAAGGCCUAUCAGUUUUAUUAUGGUGGCAAUCGCUGCACAAACCCUAUCUACACGUUAGUCAUACGUGGCAAAAUACGUCUCCGCCAAGCAUCCUGGAUCAUCCGAGGGGGUACUGAAGCUGAUUAUCAGCUACGCAACAUACAAAUCAUAUGCCACAAUGAAGCGGUAGCCAGAAGAUUAAGUGAGUUGGUGAACCAUACAUGUCCUGGAUUUAUACCAGAACAUAGCCCCUGGGAGCAGGAUGUGAGCUAUGAUUUGCUGAGAGAAGAGAAUGGCUGUGAAUGCACCAAAGCCCUGAAUUUUGCCAUGCACGAACUCCAGCUGAUCCGCGUGGAGAAGCAGUACCUGCACCACAAUUUAGACUACCUUGUGGAGGAGCUAUUUCUCGGAGACAUUCAUACCGAUGCUACUCAGAGGAGGUACUAUCGGCCCUCUAGUUACCAACCUCCUCUUCAAAAUGCCAAGAACCACGACCGCACGUGCAUCGCGUGCAGAAUCAUCUACCGGUCGGACGAGCACCAUCCUCCCAUCUUACCCCCCAAGGCAGAUCUGACUAUAGGGCUACACGGAGAGUGGGUGAGCCAGCGCUGCGAGGUGCGACCGGAGGUCCUUUUCCUCACCCGGCACUUCAUCUUCCAUGACAACAACAACACCUGGGAAGGUCACUACUACCACUACUCUGACCCCAUCUGCAAGCACCCCACCUUCACCAUCUAUGCCAAGGGACGCUACAGCCGGGGGGUGCAUUCAUCCAAAGUGAUGGGCGGCACAGAGUUUGUGUUCAAAGUGAAUCACAUGAAGGUCACUCCCAUGGAUAUAUCCACAGCCUCUCUGCUCAACGUCUUCAACGGGAAUGAGUGCGGAGCGCAGGGGUCCUGGCAAGUUGGGGUUCAGCAAGACGUCACCCACACGAACGGCUGCAUCGCACUCGGCAUCCGCCUACCUCACACUGAGUACGAAAUCUUCAAAAUGGAGCAGGAUGCCAGGGGCAGGUACUUGCUGUACAACGGCCAGAGACCGAGCGAUGGGUCCAGCCCUGACCGACCGGAGAAGAGAGCCACUUCCUACCAGAUGCCUUUAAUUCAGUGUGCUUCAUCAGUACCCAGAUCUGAAGAGUCACCGGAGGAGAAUAAAAUAAGGCUGUAUAGCAACAGGGCACCGGAAAAAUAUCCCAGCACCCCAGCUCUUGCUUUGGUGUUGUUUAUUUGUACUGUGUCAUAUUGGGAGAGUCUCAGCUAG